AUUUACUCAGGUUAAUUUGCGCACAAGAUUCCCGGACGUGAUUAAUGCUGAUUCCUGGUCUGGGCUAUACUGUAUAGCUAGUACUUGCAGUCGGAACCGGAGGAGUACGAUUUCGGGAAGGAUUCCCGGCCGGAAGGGGACUACUAGCAUCCGCAAGUGGCGUCCAGCAACCGGAGGUCUCCCUACCGAAGAAUCCGCAUCACCAUCCUAAAACCAAUCAACCAAUGACCUCUUGAAACCGCACCAGCAAUGGAUCCCUUGGUGUUCUUCAUUGUGCUGGCAUCGCUUUAUGGCGUUCUUUACUUCUUCGACCGCUUCUUUAAGAGCUGCAUGCACUACCCGUACGAUGCCUUCCUCAAGAACACCGGGCUGAGUAUCAAUUUCAUGAGUCUCCACUGGCACACGAGUGCCUUUAACAGGACCCUCCUCCGCUGGGGAUCUGCCGGUAACAGCUGCACCCGGAGAGUAAUGAUCACCAGCUUCAAUGUGGGAGUCCUGGUUACCUUUUCGCUGCUCCCAAUCGGACUGAUCCUGCUCAUUGCCACUAUCUUUAGCAGUGGCGAACAGGACAGCUCUUCUGUAUCCACGCCCGUUGGAGUCCCCGUGCAGCUGGAGAUUCUGUUGCCCGGCGUUAACCUGCCGCUUGAGGAGAUCGGAUACUACGUCACCACCCUUGUGCUCUGUCUGGUUGUGCACGAAAUGGGACACGCCCUGGCUGCUGUAAUGGAGGAUGUGCCUGUCACCGGGUUUGGAAUUAAGUUCAUCUUCUGCCUGCCGUUGGCGUACACGGAACUCUCCCACGACCACUUGAAUAGUCUUCGUUGGUUCCGCAAACUACGUGUUUUGUGCGCCGGAAUCUGGCAUAAUUUUGUGUUCGCCGGCGUAUGCUAUCUCUUAAUCUCAACGGUGGGCAUCACCAUGUCACCAUUGUACGCCUACAACCAACAUGUCGUGAUCACCGAACUAACGAGGAAAUCUCCGCUGAGGGGAGAGCGCGGCCUGCAGGUGGACAAUCAAAUUACCCAAGUAAACGGCUGUCCAGUCAAUAGCGAGGAGAGUUGGGUGACAUGUCUGCAGAACUCCCUGAAGCUCAAGCCGGGCUACUGUGUGAGUGCGGAUUUCGUCCAGCUUAACGAUGAAAGCAGCGCCAUCUCACAUCAUAGCAUUGAUGGCCAGCUACAGUGCUGUGAUGAACUAAAUCCGAACGUGAGUUGCUUCGAGGUGGUGGAGGACGCCAAUGGAGAUGUGCCUGUGGAGCUGCCGCAGCAUGUAUGUCUUAAUGUGCGCCGCACAUUGGAGGAGGUGACCGAGCACUGCUCCUCCGGAGUCUGCAACGAGGGAUUCUGUCUGCGACCGCUAAUACGGAAUAUCACUGCCAUAAUGACGUUUAAGCGAACCAAUUUUCGAGGAGAAAAACUGCCGCCGGUGAUCUAUGUGGGCCAUCCGUGGGACGUCACUCGAACGGUGGAGGUAUCCGCCUUUGUGCCGAGAUACACCUUUAUGAAGGCGGCUUGGCCGGAUGCUUGGCUGCUGCUCCUCAAGUACAACGUGGUCUUUAGUAUAGGAUUGGCGCUGAUCAAUGCCAUUCCGUGCUUCGGUUUCGAUGGUGCCCACAUCACUAGCACCGUGAUACACAGCUUCUUGGUGGGCAGAGUGGAUCAGCAUGCCAAGAGGGAUAUCAUCUCGUUGAUAAUCACCAGUGUGGGCUCCCUUCUCUUUGCACUGGCCCUGCUUAAGGUGGCCUGGCUGAGCUUUUUGCGACCUCUGCUUUAAGAACUGAAAUGGAAAACUAAGAUGGAUCCUGGGAGUCCAACUCCCUCCAAAGACGCUAGACUGCUAUUUCACCUUUACGAACACACAAAAACACAGCGAAUUGUAGCACCUCAAAGAUUCGAUAGCUUUUUGUCAUAGUCCUUAGUCUUAAC